CCCACCCACCCACUCUGUCUAUCUAGUCCAACUACUCCGCCGCAGAUCCGCGAUUGCCAGCAGCACCAUCUCCGAAUCGCCUCGCUAGGGUUUCCUCUCCAGCGGCGGCCGGCUCGACCGUACUCCGUUCGUGAGCAAUGGCUGCGAAAGCUGGGAAUUCUGUGGGUGGUGUUCUUCCCCAUCCCCACGUGAUUGGAAAUGCAUUUGCCCAACACUACUACAAAAUUCUGAAUGAGUCACCAGAGGAUGUCCAUAAGUUCUACCAUGAUCAAAGUAUUCUUGGUCGGAAGCCAAAUUCUGAUGGUACAUUGACAUCUAUAACCACAUUGCGUGAUAUCAAUAGACACUUUGUAUCUACAUACCUCAAGGGAUGUUCGAUGGAGAUAGACAAUGUAGAUUCUCAGCCAUCCCACGAGGGCGGUGUGCUCGUUUUAGUUAGUGGGUCCUUCACUGUCCCUGAUGCCAUGAAGCGUAGGUUUACUCAGUCGUUCUUCCUUGCUCCACAAAAAGGAGGCUAUUUUGUUCUGAAUGAUGUGCUUAGAUACAUUCCAGUUGAGCCAGAAACACCACCUGUCAAGGUUACAGUGCUUCCGUUGAUGGAUUAUUUCUGGGUAUGAUGAUAUCGCCGGUGAAGUCAUGAAUCAAUCUACAGAAAGUACCUCCAUCAGCAAUGAAGUCAUGAAUGACAGAUAGUCACGUCUCGGCAGUGCACUACUAGCUUUCUUACAGAAUGCAAGUUUAUCCAUCUAUAGAUUAUGUUUGCUUUUGCAACAAAUGGGUGCGAAAAGUUUAACAUUUGCGAAUGCCUUAGCAUUGUACAUACAUUAUGACUUGUUAAAAGGGGAGAAAACAUCAGACAAGUAUACAACUGAAUAUAUCUAUUA